AUGGAGGAUGCGGUCUUCUUCUUCUUCUAUGUCAAGAGUAGCAGAGUGUAUCGCUAUGAUGCUGCCUUCGUAUUUGCAAAUUGGGCAUUGAGUUGUUAUAGGUUCCAUGCCCGGACCCGCACCACGGCCCCGGGAUUCAUUCCCAGGGCCCAGAGCCUCUUCGCCAAGACCUACCCCGAGAUCUGCAAGGAUGACUUUGCCAGGCAGCGGCUGAGAGCCGCAGGCCAGGAGCAGGAGCUGCAGAACACAGGGUGGCUGCCCCAGGGCACCAAGGGCAAACUCCUCACCGCCAAGUACAGGACUCUCCCGGCAGGCCCGGCAGCAGUUGCCCCGUAUGUAUCACCCUUCGCCUUCCAACCGCAGGGCUCCCCCUACUCCAUGGAGGACAACAACCCCCACAAGUGCUUCAUCUCAGGUUUCACCGGCUUUGUGCCCCGUGCCCGCUUCCUGAUCGGGGCAGGCUACCCGCUGACUCCCCACCACGCCCUGGUGGAGUUUGGCCAGAACAGAGGCCGGCCUGAGGCCGGGAACGGCAGCACCGUCCUUCCUCCGCUGCUGAAGUCGUACUCCACAGACAUGGGGCCGCUGCCCCACUACGCAGGCUACGUCCCAGGCUACAAGUUCCAGUCUGGCCACACCUAUGGGCAGCUUACCCCCAACGCCCUGGGGCUGAGCACCAUGGAGAAGCAGAUGGCUGACUAGCGGCCUGGGCUGGACCGGUUCCUUCCCAGAGCUGUUUGGAGCCUGCCCC